UAAAACUUUUUUUUCACAUGCGCUCAUAAGCUUCUUAUUAACAGAGUUGUGAAUCUCUGACAUGGAUUAUAUGCAGACUGACAGCAGUAAAAACAUGACAGAGGAAGAUCUGCUGUCUUUCUCGUACUUUGAGAAAUACUGUGCAAAACCCUUAGAAUACGGCUACGGUGGUGCAAUCAAUGAAAUAAGGAAAAAAGAAUUCAGCAGAAUUGGAGAUUCAAUUUAUCUUGAUCAUGUUGGGACAGCACUUUUCCCUCAAAGCCUUCUGGAGAGAUUUAUGAAAGACCUGUCCGAAAAUGUUUAUGGAAAUCCUCAUAGUCAAAACAUUAUUAGCAGGCUGACACACGAUACUGUUGAACAUGUGCGAUACAGGAUUUUGCAACAUUUUAAUACAGAUGCUGACGAUUACACAGUCAUCUUUACCUCAGGAAGCACAGCUGCACUCAAAUGUGCAGCAGAGACUUUUCCAUGGACAUCUAAAGGGUCCGACAACAAAGGCAGUCAUUUUUGUUACUUUACUGAUAACCACACCUCUGUUGUGGGGAUGAGAAGAAUUACUUCAAUGAUGAAUGUGUCAAAUGAUCCCAUAAGACCGGAGGAAAUUGUGUUGUCAGAGUAUGAAGCACCAGAUUCUGAAUAUGAGUGUACCAACCCCUGCCAUCUUUUUUGUUACCCAGCAUUAAGUAAUUUUUCUGGCAUUAAGUACCCCCUUUCUUGGAUAGAGGGCAUCAAAUCUGGAAGAAUUCAUCCCAAUAAAAUAUCAGGAAAUUGGUUUGUGUUACUGGAUGCAGCUUCAUAUGUUAGUACGUCUCCACUAGAUUUAUCUAUUUAUCAACCAGACUUUAUUGCCCUAUCAUUUUAUAAAAUAUUUGGAUUUCCAACUGGCUUAGGUGCUUUACUUGUAUCUAAAAGGGUUGCCCCUCUUCUAAGGAAAAACUAUUUUGGAGGAGGAACAGCAGCUGCUUAUCUUUCAGGAGAGGACUUCUAUGUUCCAAAGCCAUCUAUAGCUGACAGGUUUGAAGAUGGAACAAUUUCAUUUUUGGACAUAAUUGCAUUGAAACAUGGAUUUGAUGUUUUAGAAGGGUUAACCGGCGGAAUGGAAAAUAUCAAGUCUCACACACACACUUUGGCUAGUUACACCUACUCUGUGCUUUCGGCUUUGCGUUAUGCUAAUGGACAGCAUGUUGUACAAAUUUACAGUGACACAGAGGUCAGGAAUUCUGAUGUGCAGGGGCCAGUCAUUACUUUUAAUGUGCUGGAUGAAAAUGGUGACAUAAUUGGCUAUUCUCAGGUUGAUAAAAUGGCUAGUCUUUAUAAUAUCCAUCUCCGUACUGGAUGUUUCUGUAAUACUGGUGCCUGCCAAAAACAUCUGGGACUUAGCAAUUCGGAUGUCAAAAAUAAUUUACAGAGUGGACAUAUAUGUGGAGAUGACAUGGAUAUAAUUGAUGGAUGUCCCACAGGUGCCAUCAGAAUAUCAUUUGGCUUUAUGUCUACUUUUGAAGAUGCCAGAACAUUUUUAAAGUUUAUUAUUGAAUCAUUUGUAAAAAGGACCUCACAAUCUAAUACACAAAUGAUUGAUGAACAGUCCCUUGCCAGCUCCAUCGCAAUGUGGAAAGAUGAGGACAAAGAGCAAAAAACCUAUACUCCGAAUGGAAAGACACAAACCAAUAUUUUCCCUGAUGGUGAUUUAUUUCCCAGUUCAACAUCAAGUGGAAAAAAAUGUGCAUGUGAAUCAAAUAAAACUGCAUCAAUAGCAGUAAAUGAUCAAGAAAUAACACUCAGUCAUAUUUACCUCUACCCAAUCAAAUCAUGUGCUGCUUUCCAGGUUUCUCAAUGGCCUAUAGCAGAGCAAGGUUUGCUAUUUGACCGAAGCUGGAUGAUUGUGAACAAUAAUGGAGUUUGCAUUAGUCAGAAACAGGAACCCAAGUUGUGUCUUAUUCACCCAUCUAUUGAUCUGAAAAAAGGCAUCAUGUUAAUUGAAGCAAAAGGGAUGACUGCCAUACAAAUUCCUCUGAAUGAUGAAAGCAGAAUAGUAACUCGAACAUGUCAGAACAAGGUUUGUGGAGAUAGAGUGCUUACAUAUGACUGUGGAGAGGAGGCUGCAGAUUGGCUUUAUGGUUUUCUUAAUCGGAAAUGUCGUCUGAUCAGGCAGUCAACAAAUUUCAACAGAUACGCAGAUGCAAAAAGAAACGGCAUUUCAGGUCCUCUGCAAUCCUCACUUUCAUUGGUAAAUGAAGCACAAUAUCUUCUAGUAAACACAGCAAGCAUUUUUCACUUAAGUCAACAAAUGGCCUUAAGAGAAGAAUGUGAAAACAAAAACGAUUUACAUAUUGAAACACUGAUUCAGCGAUUCAGAGCCAAUCUAGUUAUUAAUGGGAAAAUCCAAUUUGAAGAAGAAGAAUGGACUGAUAUUUUUAUUGAUAACUUUCAUUUUCAGACUUCUGGCAAGUGUACCAGAUGCCAAAUAAUUUGCAUUGAUCAGAAAACUGGAGAGAAAAAGAAAGAAGUAUUUCAAAGAUUGUCAUCAUGCCGAGAAGGAAAGACAACGUUUGGGAUGUAUCUACUGAAUUCACCGUGUUCAACGUAUCCUUCUUUGUUAAAAGUGGGUUCUCCAUUACUGUAUACUGCAAAGAAAGCUCCGGAAACAAUGAUUAAAAAUCAUACUAAAGAAGUAUCCGAAGAUAAAUGAUGCAAUAUUCAACAAACUUUACAAAAUCUAAAAGGCCUUAACAAUUUAUAACAACAAACCUUGUUCACAAAUAUUGUUGAUGGUCAGUGAAUAUCAUUGGAUUUUUUUAAUAAAUAUGUGCAGUAAAUGUAGCAUUUAUAAAGGG